CCCACCCCCCCAUUCCCCAGGGCCAGAUGGGGGCCUCCGUCUCCGCCGCCGCCGCGCACGACGACCUCGGCAGGAAGAAGCGCGGCCGGCCCCGCAAGUACAAGCCCGACGCCUCCGGCUCCGGCCCCGCCCCCUCCCCCUGCACCGCCAUCGUCCCCGUCACGCCCGGCUCCGGCGGCGGGCCCUCCUCCGAGAAGCGCCGCGGCCGGCCCCCCGGCUCCGGCAAGAUGCAGCAGCUCGCCUCCCUCGGGAAAUCGUUCCUCGGCACCGUCGGCACCGGGUUCACGCCCCAUGUCAUCAUCAUCCCAUCAGGAGAGGAUGUCGCAGCCAGGAUAAUGUCCUUCUCGCAACAGGGCCCAAGGGCGGUCUGCAUCAUGUCAGCAUCAGGGGCUGUCUCCACAGCAACCCUUCAUCAGGAUGCAGGUUCCGGCAGUGUAGUUAAAUAUGAGGGUCGAUUCGAAAUCCUGUGCCUCUCUGGAUCAUACCUAGUUAUAGAUGACGGUGUUACGCGCACACGAAACGGAGGGCUAUGCAUAGCGCUGUGUGGCGCUGAUCACAGGGUUAUUGGAGGAAGCGUUGGUGGAGUCCUGACAGCAGCCGGGACAGUUCAGGUGAUCGUGGGGAGCUUCAUGUACGCGGGGUCGAAGAAGAGCAGGAAGGGCAAGGCCGGGCAGGAGCCUGCUGCAGCAGAGGAAGAACAGACCGGCGAUGCCAACGGGGGCAGGGGCGGAGACGGAGUCGGAGUUGGAGGCGAGGCGGAGGAAGAGGGCCCUUCGCCGCUGAUGCCGAUGCCCCGCGGAGAGGAGAAGCUGCCGUCGGACGCGAUGAUGAGCGGAUGGACGGGCAUGAUGCGGCAGAUGGAGUCGCGGUCCUGCGGCAUCGACAUCAACUCGAUCCGGGAGUGAACGAUGUAGACUGUUUAGUUUGGUACGGCGGAAGUUGAGCCUAGGCUAGCUAGCGGAUGAUGGAUGAUUCUAGGGUUUGGUUUGGUUGGUUGCGUGUCUCUCCUGGGUGAGUUUAAAAAGAAGUCUAGUUAGUAUAAUUAAUGUCGUCGAGUAUGAUCAAUUUAACCGAAGAUGUUGGCGCCGGUCGGGCGGAUCUAUGAUAGAAAUAGUGGAUUCGGUUGUUGGUUGAUGGUCUGGUAUGGUAUGGAAUGAUGUAGUUAUAGGCA